AUGGCUGCUAAUUCUUCCUCUGUACAUUUUUUUAUACUGCCAACACUAGGCUUACCUUCUACAAAUAUUUAUCCAGCAUUUGUAUUUGGUACACUUACAUAUCUUAUAAUUGUAUUUUGCAAUUCAUUGCUAAUACUAACAAUUGUUGUGACUAAAAGGCUACAUAGACCUAUGUUUCUCCUGCUUGUUAAUCUCCCCAUUAGUGACAUUUUAGGUGCAUCAGGUUUUUUUCCUCACCUUGUUUUCAGCAUUUUGACUCAAAACAGAAUGAUAUCGCCUCCUGCAUGUAUAACUCAAGCAUUUCUUAUUCAUUUGUAUGGUACUGGAAACAUUCUGGUCUUAAACGCUAUGGCAUAUGAUAGAUACAUAGCAAUAUGUCACCCACUAAAGUAUAAUACUAUUAUGACUUCAAAUAUCGUAAUUAAAAUAAUUUUGUUUAUUUGGAUUUUAGAUUUCUUGAGUAUAGUCGCAUUGUUUGCUUUAACUUUGAGGUUAAAGCUCUGCCGGACAAAUAUAGUAGAUAUGUACUGUAACAAUCCCUCCUUUUUAAAACUAGCCUGUGGGGACAUCACAGUGAGCAACAUUUAUGGAGUAUUUCUGUCAAUCAUCUUAAUGGUAGGUUCAUUAUUAACAAUAGUCUACACAUAUGCAAUGAUUUUGCGUACAUGUGUUAUGACUAAUAAUGCUGAUGCCAAGAAAAAAGCGAUUCAAACAUGUGGGACUCAUUUAGUUGUUUAUUUGGUCCUGCAAAUUAAUACUACCUUUACAAUCUUUUCACAUCGCUUUCAGAAUGUGUCCCCUUUUCUCAGAAGGGCUUUUGGGGUGUCUAUUUUGAUUUUUCCACCAUUCUUGGAUCCAAUAAUAUAUGGACUUAAAACAAAGGAACUAAAGGAAAGUAUAAUGAUGUUUCUAAAAAGGCAUAUGGGAUCAACAAAGUGACUCAAGUUCUUGAUGUUAUUAUGGUCAAAGUAUUCUCUCUGUGACACUUUUUCGUUUUGUCUGAGA